AUGGCUUCCCUCCUCCUUGAUGUCAAAUACCUUCUAGUUCCUCUCUCCUUCUUGUCAAAUAUCUCUCUUCUUGGCUUCCUCCUCCUCCUUGAUGUCAAAUACCUUCUAUUUCCUCUCUUCUUGAUAUCACUCAUGGCUUCCCUCCUCCUUGAUGUCAAAUACCUUCUAGUUCCUCUCUUCUUGAUAUCACUCCAUGGCUUCCCCCUCCUCCUUGAUGUCAAAUACCUUCUAGUUUCACUCUUCUUGAUAUCACUCCAUGGCUUCCCCCUCCUCCUUGAUGUCAAAUACCUUCUAGUUUCUCUCUUCUUGAUAUCUCAUGGCUUCCCCUCCUCCUUGAUUUCUCUCUUCUUGAUAUCACUCAUGGCUUCCCUCCUCCUUGAUGUCAAAUACCUUCUAGUUCCUCUCUUCUUGAUAUCACUCAUGGCUUCCCCUCCCUCCUUGAUGUCCAAAUACCUUCUAGUUCCUCUCUUCUUGAUAUCACUCAUGGCUUCCCUCCUCCUUGAUGUCAAAUACCUUUCUAGUUCCUCUCUUCUUGAUAUCCUCAUGGCUUCCCCCUCCUCCUUGAUUUCCUCUCUUCUUGAUAUCACUCAUAGCUUCCCCCUCCUCCUUGAUGUCAAAUACCUUCUAGUUCCUCUUCUUGAUAUCACUCAUGGCUUCCCCUCCUCCUUGAUUUCCUCUCUUCUUGAUAUCACUCCAUGGCUUCCCCUCCUCCUUGAUGUCAAAUACCUUCUAUUUCCUCUUCUUGAUAUCACUCAUGGCUUCCCCCUCCUCCUUGAUGUCAAAUACCUUCUAGUUCCUCUCUUCUUGAUAUCACUCAUGGCUUCCCUCCUCCUUGAUGUCAAAUACCUUCUAGUUCCUCUCUUCUUGAUAUCCUCAUGGCUUCCCCUCCUCCUUGAUGUCAAAUACCUUCUAGUUCUCUCCUCAUGGCUUCCCCUCCUCCUUGAUGUCAAAUACCUUCUAGUUCCUCUCUUCUUGAUAUCACUCAUGGCUUCCCUCCUCCUUGAUGUCAAAUACCUUCUAUUUUCCUCUCUUCUUGAUAUCACUCAUGGCUUCCCCCUCCUCCUUGAUGUCAAAUACCUUCUAGUUCCUCUCUUCUUGAUAUCCUCAUGGCUUCCCCUCCUCCUUGAUGUCAAAUACCUUCUAGUUCCUCUCUUCUUGAUAUCCUCAUGGCUUCCCCUCCUCCUUGAUGUCAAAUACCUUCUAGUUCCUCUCUUCUUGAUAUCACUCAUGGCUUCCCUCCUCCUUGAUGUCAAAUACCUUCUAGUUCCUCUCUUCUUGAUAUCACUCAUGGCUUCCCCUCCUCCUUGA